AUCUCCGCCGCGGCUCCGGAGCGUGGUGGCCGCGGCCGGGUGCUCCCGGCGGGCGGGUGGCCGAGGAUGCCGCGCUAGGAGACGCCGAUGGUGCUCACCCUGCUCUUCUCUCUCUAUAAACUGUGCCGGUUCUUCACCAUGUCGGGUGCGGAGAGGCUGUCGGUGCCCGAGUGCGUGAGCCAGGCGGGCAGCUGGGCAGGCGGCAGCGGCUCCCGGGAGCACCACGAGGUUUCCCCCGGGGUGAACACGGACGUGAGGGCAGCGCUGGGCCGGAUCCUGCCCGCCCUGCACCAGGCCAUGGCCCGCACCAAGCAGGCAGCCGGCCCCGCGGAGCUGAGGAAGGGCAUCGCUGACAUCUUCCAGCUGGUGGAGGAAGCCUGGGGGCUGCCCACGCUGGGCAGGGACGUGGCCAAGGUGCUGUGCGAUGUGAUGCGCCUGGAGGGGGGCCUGGACCUGCUGCUGAACCUGCUGUACACGGCGGAGCUGGAGACCAAGUGCCAGGCAGGAAAACUCCUGGAGCAGAUCCUGGUGGCAGAAAACAGGGAUCGGAUCGCUCGCAUCGGUCUGGGAGUGAUUCUGAACUUAGCCAAGGAGCGAGAUGUUCCUGAGCUGGCGCAGAGCGUCUCUGGUAUCCUGGAGCACAUGUUCAAACACACCGAGGAGACCUGCUUCCAGCUCAUCUCUGAUGGAGGCCUGGAUGCCAUCCUGUACUGGUGCCGCUGGACGGACCCCGUGGUGCUGCGGCACUGCGCCAUGGCCUUGGCCAACUGCGCCAUGUACGGAGGGCAGGCCAACCAGCGCCUGAUGAUCGAGAAGAGGGCGGCGGAGUGGCUUUUCCCGCUGGUGUUCUCAAGAGACGACGAACUCAUCCGCCUGCACGCGUGCUUGGCCAUCACGGUGCUGGCCACCAACAAGGAGGUGGAGAAGGAGGUGGAGCGCUCGGGGACGCUGGCGCUGGUGGAGCCCUUCAUCGCCUCGCUGGACCCGGAGCAGUUCGCCUGCGAGAUGUUGGGCAGCAGUGACAACAGCCAGGGCAGGACAGCGGGUGACCUGCAGAGGCUGGUACCCUUGCUGGACAGUUCGAGGUUGGAAGCACAGUGCAUCGCUGCCUUCUACCUCUGCAUGGAGGCUGCCAUCAAAACCAGGCAGAAGAAAACAAAGAUUUUCAGUGAGAUUGGGGCCACACAGAGCCUGAAGCGGGUAGUGUGCUACUCCACCAGCAGCACCACCUCCUCCCUGGCCAAAAAGGUGCUGCGCAUGAUAGGGGAGGAGGUUCCUCGGCGCAUCCUGCCCACAGUGCCCAACUGGAAGCCCUGCGAGGUGCAGACGUGGCUGCAGCAGAUCGGAUUCAACAAGUACUGCCAGAGCUUCCUGGAUCAUCAGGUGGAUGGGGAUAUUCUCCUGAGGCUGACAGAAGAGGAGCUGCAGGAUGAUUUGGGGAUAGACUCCAGCAUCACUAGGAAAAGGUUUUUCCGGGAGCUGACGGAGCUGAAGACCUUUGCAAACUAUUCCACCUGUGACCACAGCAACCUGGCUGACUGGCUGGGCAGCAUUGACCCCAAGUUUCGUCAGUACACCUACAACCUGCUGACGUGCGGCAUCAACCGCAACUUCUUGCACCGGGUGACGGAGCAGCAGCUGCAGGAGGACUGUCACAUCGACACGGGCUUCCACCGCGUCCGCAUCCUCACCGCUGCACGGGAAAUGCUUCACUCCCCCAUAACGCUGCAGGCUGCAUCUGAUGGGACUGAUGUGUUUAUCAGCUACCGGAGGAGCACUGGGUCGCAGCUGGCCAGCCUGCUGAAGGUCCACCUGCAGCUGCACGGCUUCAGCGUGUUCAUCGAUGUGGAGAAGCUGGAGGCAGGGAAGUUUGAGGACAAGCUGAUCCAGAGCGUCAUGAGCGCCCGCAAUUUUGUGCUGGUCCUCUCACCAAACGCACUGGAUAAGUGCAUGGGAGACCCCGAGUGCAAGGACUGGGUGCACAAGGAGAUUGUGACAGCCCUGAACUCUGGAAAGAACAUUGUACCUGUUACAGACCAUUUUGAGUGGCCGGACCCAGAGACACUUCCCAAGGACAUGAGGGCUGUCCUAAAAUUUAAUGGUAUCAAGUGGUCCCACGAGUACCAGGAGGCCACAAUCGACAAAAUCAUCCGCUUUCUCCAGGCCCGUUCCUCCCGGGACUCCUCGGCCGGGUCGGAGAAUGGCCUGGACUGCUUGGUCUCCCUGGGGCAGACCUAGAGCCACCACAGCUGCCUCAGCC